ACAGCGGCUCCAGACUCGGUUCCUGAUUUCGGUUUUGUUUUUAAUGUGAGGAUUUCUGCAGCUUCUCCAGAGACUGAGAAACCCCCUGAUGCCCGGAGCCUAACCCCCCCUCCUGCUGCAGCCCGACCGUAAACCUGAGCCCUUUACCUGUCCUGACUCCCAGUUAAAGGUCUGCAGAGACACCAUGAGCAGCCGCAGGAAGAAGGCCCCCCCCCUCCGGGUGGACGAGGAGGCCAAGAAGAAGCUGAACUGGAACAUGCUGGAGGACCGGAGGGGUGAGGAGGACGACCCCCCCAGCUGCUCCUCACCCCCCAUCACUCCCUCUCUCCCCCCUCCUCAAGAACAGGAAGUAACCCUGGACACUGACUGCCCCCCCGGCCCAUCCUCAGAACCCCCCCCCUUCACCCUCACCGUCCCCCCCAUGGAGACCUCCUCCCCCGUCUGGAGGGCUCUGAUCGGGGAGUUCAGUCUGAGGCCGGCCUGGAGCCCCCCCGACUGUGGGAGGAAGACGCUGCUGCUGCAGAGGGAGGGGGGGCAGCUCUGUAUCAGAUACACAGGGGGGGAGGAGGAGGAGGUGGGGGGGAGGCUGCAGGACUCGUGUCCGGUGACCUGCAGCCUGGGGGGGGUUCGGCUGCAGGAGCUGGACUGGCUGCAGAAGAGGAGCCUCCUGCAGCUGCUGCACCGGCACGAGGAGUGGGGGGUCAAGGUGGGGGUGUACCUGCUGGAGGCGGGGCUUGGGAAGCCGGAGUUCCUGAGUGAAGGAAACGGCCGCAUGAAGAAAGCCAGUCAGCUGAUGCAGAAACUGAUGGAGCACUUCUACGACUUCAUCAUCCCGGAGGUGGUGGAGGGGGAGGAGGGGGAGUGUGACACGGAGCUGGAGAGGCAGAACGUGGAGGAGCUGUAUGACCACGUGAGGCGGCAGCACCAGAGGGAGGGCAUCGGAGGGGAGGUCUACGACGUUCAGCACCAGGCCCUGAUCCCCGUCCUCAGACCCUACCAGAGCCAGGCCGUCAACUGGAUGCUGAGCAGGGAGAACUUCAGGACGGGCCACGCCCAAGAGCAGAGUCUGCACUUCCUCUGGAGGGAGUUCAUCUCUCUGUGUGGGAAGAGGUUAUUCUACAACCCCUUCACCGGCUGCCUGUCCUCAGAGUUCCCAGUGGGGGGGGCUGUGUGGCCGGGGGGGAUCCUGGCAGAUGAGAUGGGUCUGGGGAAGACGGUGGAGGUCCUGGCUCUGAUCCUGAUGCACAGCAGGGGGGGGCUGCAGCCGGAGGUGCUGACGCUGCCUCAGGGAAAAACUGUGAACUACUUCGUCCCUCCUGCUCCUCUGGAAAGAAAGAAAAGCAUCGUCUGCAAAACUGAAGCGCAGCCCAAACUCAAAAUAUCAUACCCAACGGUGCGUGUGAUGCUGCUCGCCGGCAUAAAAGAGAUGAAGACGGGACGAGGCGUCUCCAUCAACGCCGUGUUCUCCUACAUCCGAGCGUCGUACGGCUGCGACUUCCUGAGGAACCGCGGCCAUGUGAAGAAGACUCUGAUGAAGCUGAUCGAUGAAGGCCUGGUGGACCGGGUCAAAGGGCGCGGGCUGGCCGGGUCCUUCAAGCUGGGGAAGAAGUACAAGGAGACCAAGAAGACGGCAGCAGCUGCUUCCAAAACUAUCUCUAAAACAACCGAGAGCACGCCGAGGAAAACGUCUCAGAGACGAGCCAAAGAGAGAGCCGAGGUCGCUCUGCACAACUCACUGCUGACGGAGGAGGAGAGAGAGGAGGAGGAGGAGGAGGAGAGAGAGGAGCGAAAGGAGGAGCAGAAGGAGGAGGAAGAGCAGCAGGACUGUCCUCUCCCUGACCGUGCAGCAGCAGAGGAAGCAGACCCGGAGAUGAAGUGGGAGGAUCAGACCGACUCCAGAACCUCCUCACAGGAAGUGGACGAUCCUCCCCCCACUGCAGCCUCCCUCCUCCCCCACUCAGACUCCCGGUUUGAGUGCUUAUGCGGGGCGGAGUCGGGGUUCUUUGACGGGAAGCAUCUGGUCCAGUGUCUGAGCUGCGACCUUUGGCAGCACGCCGCCUGCGUGAACUACAGGGAGGAGAGCCGGAGCUCCACCCCCUUCUACUGCCCCCACUGCCUGGUGGCCGCCCCCCCUGUCAGCUCCGGGGCCACGCUCAUCAUCUCCCCCAGCUCCAUCUGCCACCAGUGGGGGGAGGAGAUCCAGAGGCACGUCCACGGAUCAGAGCUGAAAGUGCUGGUGUACCAGGGGGUGAAGCGCCACGGCUUCCUGCAGCCCCGCCUCCUGGCCCAGUCGGACGUCGUGAUCACCACGUACGACGUGCUGCGCUCAGAGCUGAACUACGUGGACAUCCCGCACAGCAACAGCCAGGACGGCCGGCGCUUCAGGAGCAGGAAGAGGUACAUGGCGGUGCCCAGCCCCCUGGUGGCCGUGCAGUGGUGGCGCAUCUGCCUGGACGAGGCGCAGAUGGUGGAGUGUCCCACCGCCAAGGCUGCAGAGAUGGCACUCCGUCUGUCCUCAGUGAACCGCUGGUGUGUGAGCGGCACUCCGGUGCAGAGAGGACUGGAGGACCUGUACGGCCUGGUUCUGUUCUUGGGCGUGGAUCCCUUCUGGGUGAAGCACUGGUGGCUGCAGCUGCUGUACCGGCCCUACAGGCGGGGGCACACGGCGCCGCUGUACGGGGUCAUCGCUCACAUCCUGUGGAGGUCGGCCAAGAAGGACGUCAUCGAUCAGAUCCAGAUCCCCCCCCAGACGGAGGAGGUGCACUGGCUGAACUUCUCCCCGGUGGAGGGUCACUUCUACCACCGGCAGCACGAGGUGUGCUCCCAUGAUGCACUGCUGCAGCUUCGGAAGAUCUCUGACUGGAGCCUGAAGCUGGGCAGCCUGGACCGCCGCACCGUGCAGAGCAUCCUCAACCCCUUGCUGAGGCUGCGGCAGGCCUGCUGCCACCCGCAGGCCGUCCGGGGGGAGUUCCUGCCGCUGCAGAAGAGCACCAUGACGAUGGAGGAGCUGCUGAAGUCUCUGCAGAAGAAAUGUCGAGUGGAGUGUGAAGAAGCUCACAGACAGUUGGUGUGCGCUCUCAACGGCCACGCAGGCAUACACAUCAUCAGAGGAGAGUAUGUGGAAGCCACUGAGAUGUACAGAGAAGUGUUGCGGUCCUCAGAGGAGCACAAAGGACGACUGAAGACCGACUCCCUGCAGAGACUUCAUGCGACCCACAACUUGAUGGAGCUGCUCAGAGCAAAGCAUCCUGGGAUACCCCCCACGCUGAGAGACGACCGACUGAGUGAAGAGGCGGAGCAGCUGCGGCAGCACUACAUGACCAAAUACGACUCGGAGGUGUCUGACGCUCUGCAGGCGCUGCAGCCGGUUCUGCAGAACAUCAAGGAGCUGCGGCGCAAGGUGAAGCUGAACUCCCCCUGGUGGCUGGACGUGGUGCAGCGGGCGGUUCGAUGCUCCACCGACGACGAGCUGGUGUCCCGCAUCAAGAACGAGCUGACGUCCGGCUACAAGCAGCAGGCCAGCAAGCUCAGCAUGGCAGACAAGUUCCGGGACGCCGUGGGUCUGCAGUUCCUGCUCACCACGCAGAUGCAGGAUCUGAUGAAGAGCCAGAAGACGGUGCAGGACGCCGUGAAAAGCCUGGAGGGCCCGGCGUCGCAGGAGGUCAUCGACGAGGUCACCGUCUGCCACCUGAGGCCCCAGCGGCUGCCGCUCAACAACUGUGUUUUCUGCAAGGCCGACGUUCUGUUCAUUGACUACGAGUCCAAGCUGUUUUCACACACGGUGAAGGGUCAGACAGCGAUCUUCGAGGAGAUGAUUGAGGACGAGGAGGGUCUGAUGGACGACCGGCUGCCCACCACCAGCAGAGGAUUGUGGGCCGCCAGCGAGACGGAGCGCAGCCUGAAGGCCGUCCUCGCCUUCGCCAAACUGAAGCGCCUGGACCCCGAGCUGCUGGAGGAGGGCAACACCUUCAUGGAGCUGUUCGAGUGCUGGAAGAAGGAGUACAAGGUGCUGCACGAGUACUGGAUGGUUCUCAGGAAUCACGUGUCGGCCAUCGAUGAGCUCGGCAUGGCGACGGAGAGACUUCGAGUUCGUCUGCCCGAUGAACCCAAACCCAAACUGCUGCACAUCAUCGAGCCUCACGAGGUGGAGCAGAACCGGCAGAAGCUGCUGAACGAUCAGGCGCUCGCUAAGUCUCAGCUGCAGAAGAAGCUGGGACAGUUCCUCUACCUCAACAACCUGGAGAAGUCCCAGGACAAGUCCAACGAAGAGCUGAACCCGGAGCCCUGUCCUAUCUGCGCCCGGCCCCUCGGACAGGAGUGGGCGGUGCUUACCUGCGGUCACUGCUUCUGCAACGAGUGCAUCGCCAUCAUCGUGGAGCAGUACAGCGUGGGCUCCAGACGCAGAGCCAUCAAGUGUGCCAUCUGCAGACAGACCACCUCCCACGCUGAGAUCUCGUACGUCUUCACCACUCUGGCCUCCGGACAGGACCAGGAAAUACCUGUACAGGGCAGCCACUCGACCAAAGUGGAGGCCGUGGUGCGGACCCUGAAGAAGAUCCAGCUGACAGACCCCGGAGCCAAGUGUCUGGUGUUCUCCACGUGGCUCAGUGUGUUGGACAUCAUCUCUAAGGCGCUGUUUGACAACAACAUGGACUUCUCUCAGAUCAACGGCAUCCACAAGUUCCAGGAGAACCUGUGCUCCUUUAAAUACGAGGAGAAGAUCAACAUCCUGCUGCUGCCUCUGCACACGGGCUCCAACGGUCUGAACAUCAUCGAGGCGACCCACGUUCUGCUGGUGGAGCCCAUCCUCAACCCGGCCCACGAGCUGCAGGCCAUCGGCAGGGUGCACCGCAUCGGGCAGACAAAGCCGACAUGUGUCCACAGAUUCCUCAUUAAAUCCACCAUAGAAGAGAGGAUGCAGGCCAUGAUGAAGACAGCAGAGAAAAGUCACAGCUCCAUGAAGCACUCGGAGGCGGCUGUGCUGACGGUAGCCGACCUGGCUGAUCUGUUCACUGAAGAACAUCUGGAGUCCAUGUGAACACCUGGACACACACCUGCAGGAGAUACCCUCACUCUUCACAGUGCUGCUGAUAGAAAAACUCUGGUUUUGCACAUUUAAAACCUGUUUUAUAUAAACGUACAUUCCGUAAAGGACAGUUCAUCAGGUCACGGUCCGCAGGCUGCGACUCACUAUUUACAUUUGAACUCUUUCUCACUUUUCUGUCAUCAACUACUGCGUCUGCUGCGUGUUUACAGGUCACACUGAACAGGAUCGCUGCUCACUUUAGUCUAUAAUGAAAUAUAGGGAUUUAUAAACAGGGGUUACAUCUAACGGCUGUUUCUAAUGUUGAUUAAUUGGCUGAUUAUUUUCUAGAUUUGGUUUAUAAAAUGUGGUAAAGGAGUGAUAAUGUCCAUCCCUGUUUUUUCAAGUCCAAGGUCUGACAUCCUUGCAUGAAAAACGACUUAAAUAAUGUUUAAAGGAGUUGUAAAUCCUCUCUGUUACUUUCUGUUGCAGCUCUGUCAUGUACAGCCUCUGUAAGACAUGAUGGAGACCUCCUCACAGGAUUAAUGAUGAUGUUGUCCCGCCA